GUAAAAUAAAUAAAAUGGAAAAGUAAAAUCGUACCAAAGCUGCCUACCCCCCAGUCUCUCUGUUCGAUCGUCGAGACUCGAGAGGAAGAUCCCGGUCUCUCUAUCCAAGUUUCUCUCUCUCUGGGAAUUUGCAGCAUCAGGUGAUGAAGGGUCUUAGAGAUUGAGGAUUCUCCGGAGCGCGGCUACGUUUUGCCUCUCACGAUGGCUGAAUCCUCCAAGGAAGAGUUCAUACAGCUGAUCAAGAGAUUUGGGGCUUAUCUCAGCGUCAAGAUGUCCAAUCUCGUCUCGAUCUCUCUCCUCAAUGCGGAUUCUCGAUCCAUUGGAGCAGUGGCAGGGCUUGCUGUCGCAAUAAUCUUUACCUGGAGACUAUUAAGAUCACCUAGUCCGCAUCAAAGUAGGCAACCCAAACGGCAAGCCCCUAAUUCUAGUAGUUCUGGUGCUAGUUCUCAUUCAAAUGCAACUUUGUUACCUCCUGGAGUUUGUUCAACUUCAGAGGAUUCAACAGCGCAGAAUGUUAUAGAUGAGUUUUUUCAGCCGGUGAAGCCAACCCUGGGGCAAGUUGUUAGGCAGAAAUUGAGUGAAGGAAGGAAGGUGACAUGUCGGCUGCUUGGUGUAAUCCUUGAGGAAAGUAGUCCAGAGGAGCUUCAGAAGCAAGCAACUGUGAGAUCCUCUGUGCUGGAUGUAUUGUUGGAAAUUACAAAAUUUUGUGAUCUUUAUCUCAUGGAAAGAGUUAUGGAUGAUGAAAGUGAAAGAAAGGUUCUUACAGCUUUGGAAGAUGCUGGGGUUUUUACAUCUGGCGGCUUGGUUAAAGACAAGAUUCUCUUUUGUAGCACAGAGAAUGGGCGGUCAUCUUUUGUUAGACAGUUGGAGCCAGAUUGGCAUAUUGACUCGAACCCUGAAAUUGUUUCUCAGUUGGCUGUAUGUUUCCUCUUGCAUGUCAAUUGUGCGAGUCUGGGGCAUGAUUGUUUAAUAUUGUAUUGUGUCAUGUAUCAUAAAAUAAAUCUCAAGUGUAUAAAUGCAAAAAAUGUUUAAAUAAUUCAAAAAUAUGAAUUACAUAAGAAACUUAUCUUCAUCAUGAAAUACAGUGUCGGAAUUAGUUACCUCAUAGGUUAUACUAUAUAGUAUUGUUAUACAAGCUCCUGCACACAUACAUAUACAACAUGAACAUUUUCAAUACCCUAGUAAGCCAAAGCUUGCAUAGGACAGACGUAGUUGUACAAGCUUGCAGUUAUAUACUUGCGUUCCAAGACAAUGUAUUAAAAUAAUUGCAAUGCUUUAACUUUUUAGUUCUAAAAUUUUGAGUUUGUAAUUUUUAUCAUUUGUUGCAUAUUCAUGUUGUUUCCAUGUGCUUUUAGAUAUUUGUAGAAGUGUGCAUUAUUAUUAUUAGUAUUAUUAUUAUUUCAACUGUAGAAUGAGUGUGUCAAUUUUUUUAGAAAGAUCUUGAUCAUAGUUUCUAGAAAAGGAAAAACCUUAACUGUAAAGUGGUUUCGACACUCCAAAACACAGUACUUUUUCAUUUUAGAAUACAAAAUUUUAGAUCCAGAAUUUUAAUAUAUUAACAUAUUAAAGUAUUUUUUUUUCUCAUUAUUAAUCUACUUCAGAGAAAAUCUCUUCUAAAAUUAGCAACUUAACAUCUUCUCUUAGGAAUGCAAAUGCAAUUACACAUUUUCUGCCUACAUGUUUAUGUAAGCAUAUCCCUAGUUAAUCACAUUUUAGGGCAUGUGCCAUAUCAUGAUUCUGUUCUUUUUCCAUAAACCAGAAUGUUCCUCAUUACAGGUAAUAUUGAUUUUAUUUGUUCUAGAAGAAACAAUCUAAUAAGAUGUUACCGAUCUCAUUAGUCUUAUUUAGAAAAAUGCUUAAAUUUGUUUUCUUCUUCUACGUAGCUCGUGCUGUGCUACAAAUUGGAUUCAUCAAUGGCAUUUAUGGAGUGUGGUUACAAGCAUGAAAGGACAAUUCGUAUUGUUUUCACAUGAAAUAAGUUUAUUAUGUUGCAUCUUGAAAAGUGUAUCUUAACAAUUACAUUUUUGUUAUGUUUGAAAGCGUGAAUUUCAGACCUUGGAUUUGGAUUUAAAUGAAUUUGGACAAAUUUUAAUGCAAUUUUAUAUUACAUCUUAUUCAAAUCCAUACAAAUCCAAAUCUAAGGCUUCCCAAAUAUAGGGUUGAUGUAUUUUACUUUACAUGAUUUUUGAUACUCUGAUGUUAAUACUUAUCUGAGCUUUCCUUUAUUUGUUGCAGAGGUUCAUCAAAUAUCAGCUUCACAUAUCUCCUGUCAGACCUGAACGAACUGCCGCUAAUGUGUUCUGCUCACCAUCCUUGGAACAGUUUUUCAGAAGCGUUUGAUGCUCAGAAUCAGUAAAGAUGGAAAAUUUAUUUUUCAUGUUCAAAUCUGUAUGUUAUCCCCUGUUUGGAUUUAAUGUGCAUCAUAUCUCUCAUGUCCAGCCAGUUGUCGCUUAGGUGUUAAUUGGGUACUCGACAGUAUUUGCCAGUUUUCAGAUGAAUGACCUGUCAUGUACUGCUUCACUGGUUUGAAGGAAAGAAGCCUUGAUUUGAAAUUUGUGCGAUAGAUUGGCCUAUGUUAAAACUUCCCAACUGUGAAUCUCAUAAAAUGGUUUACUUUACUGACUGUAAUUUUAUCCGAGGAUGGUUCUUUUGCAGACAGUUUCCCUAGUGUCCUAUGUUACUGAUUGCAAGUGAAAGAGCUUGCGGUGCCUAUGUGACAUUUUUUCAGUUCAAUACUCUUGCCAGAUGUGUCGCUGUUUCAAAUCUCAGCUGUUAUAUUAAUAUAUAUUAGAAUUCUGUGUAA